GUGGGGAAGUGUGCCCAGGGGCUGCCACCCGCCUGGGCCAAUGCUAGCGGUGCAGCCACCGGCGCGCUCGCGAGGCCACCAGCGUCCGGAGCACCAGUCCGCUGCUGGGUGUCAAUGAUCUGCAGGCCAGGCUAGCCCUCUCGGGGCCCGGGUUAGCACUCUCAGAUGCCAGAAGGGCCCGCACGAGCAAGCCAAGGAAGCUGAGAGCCCAGGAGCCAAGCUGCCGCACUCACCGGCGCCUGACUGGGUAAAAGCACAGCUUCUGGAUGCCGGGGAACCCAGAGAACCGAGUGCUCGUGGAAGGCAAGAUGUCACCGUAGAUUCUUGGCCCCACAGAGCCCACUGAGGUGAGAGGAAGAGCUCUGGACUGCUUGGUUCUAAACUGACUGAAAGGCAGACAUGGAGAUGGCAUCUGAGCAAUUCAAUGGGAGCCAAAUAUGGAUGCCCUCUCCAUUUGACGUCAAUGGCUCCCUGGGGCCGAGCAACGGCUCCAACCAGACAGAGCCAUACUAUGACAUGACGAGCAACGCAGUCCUCACGUUCAUCUACUUCGUGGUGUGCGUCGUCGGGCUGUGUGGCAACACCCUCGUCAUUUAUGUCAUCCUCCGCUACGCCAAGAUGAAAACCAUCACCAACAUUUACAUCCUCAAUCUGGCCAUCGCAGACGAGCUCUUCAUGCUGGGGCUGCCCUUCUUAGCCAUGCAGGUGGCACUGGUUCACUGGCCUUUUGGCAAGGCCAUCUGCAGGGUAGUCAUGACCGUAGACGGCAUCAAUCAGUUCACCAGCAUCUUCUGCUUGACCGUCAUGAGUAUCGACCGCUAUCUGGCCGUGGUCCACCCUAUCAAGUCAGCCAAGUGGAGGCGACCCCGGACGGCCAAGAUGAUCAAUGUGGCUGUGUGGGGUGUCUCCCUGCUGGUCAUUUUGCCCAUCAUGAUAUACGCUGGCCUCCGGAGCAACCAGUGGGGGAGGAGCAGCUGUACCAUCAACUGGCCAGGUGAAUCUGGGGCGUGGUACACAGGGUUCAUUAUCUAUGCCUUCAUUCUGGGCUUCCUGGUACCCCUCACCAUCAUUUGUCUCUGCUACCUGUUUAUCAUCAUCAAGGUGAAGUCCUCUGGAAUCCGAGUGGGAUCGUCCAAGAGGAAAAAGUCGGAGAAGAAGGUCACCCGCAUGGUGUCCAUAGUGGUGGCUGUCUUCAUCUUUUGCUGGCUGCCUUUCUACAUCUUCAACGUCUCUUCUGUGUCCGUGGCCAUCAGUCCCACCCCGGCCUUGAAAGGCAUGUUUGACUUUGUGGUGAUCCUCACCUACGCCAACAGCUGCGCCAACCCUAUCCUAUACGCCUUCUUAUCUGACAACUUCAAGAAGAGCUUCCAGAAUGUUCUCUGCUUGGUCAAGGUGAGUGGUACAGAUGAUGGGGAACGGAGCGACAGUAAGCAGGACAAAUCCCGGCUGAAUGAGACCACGGAGACCCAGAGGACCCUCCUCAACGGAGACCUCCAAACCAGUAUCUGAGAUACCCGGAAAUACGACACGCUCACACGCACAAGCCAAGCCUGCCUCCUGGCAGCACGCUUCCCACUCACCUGCUUCCUGCCUCCCCACCCAUCAUAGCCGGCUUGUUCUACACGAGCCCAGUUCAGAGGACAGGAUUUGAGUCUGCUUGUCUAAGAGUAGAGUCCACUGGUUACGUCUCCCUUAAAGUGAACAUUUUCGUGCAGGCAGACAAUUCAAAGUCUGGAGAAGAGGACAUCAUUGCCUGGGUGUGACCUUGAGGAAAGCCGCUGCCCAGGAGAAAUCGGAAAGAAAGAAAAAAAAAAAAAACUAAACCCAAACGCUGUGUAUGUGUGCUUAUACACUUUGUAAUCUUGUGAUCUGGUAUUUACAUUUGUAUAUUCUUAUAGUCUCUUCGGAGCCAGUACAUAUGUGUCCUGUGUUUAUAGACAGAAGUAGCUAGUUUGUGUGUGUCUAGUAUAGGUGAACAUUUACUGCAACACUGAACCUGAAGAAAUGGACUUGCCAUGACAAAAUCAAGUUUGAGCUUCCGGCAUCUCUCUUACAUGGGCCUUUCCCAGACCCAGGAGGCGUGUGAGCAGUGUGCACACACGACAGUAUGUUUUUUGGGGGGAAAAAAGGUAAAAGGAAGGUAUUUUUGUAUUCUUCUUCCUAGAGGGCCCCUAAACUAUAUAAGCUUCUUAGCUCACAGGCGCUGCCCCUGAGCCUGGACAGCUGUUUCCUCAAUUUCAGACGAGUUAGGUCAGAGUGAAAUAGAGGGGAACAAACUGUGAGAGUCAGAAUAUAAACACCAGUUUGCCUCUCAGAUACAAUCGGUUACUCAUUUACCCAAAAGGACUUCAAGGGUUGUGGUCAUCGAUCACUGUUUAUCAAGACAAAACAUGCUUUGUUAUCAGAUUGUAUUUUUCUCUCCUCAAAUUGCUUUAGUUUUACCUGGGGGGAUAUGGGGAAGGGGUGGGGUCAGUGGCCCGAAAGGCAAAAGACAGACUAUGAUUCUUAUGAGUAAAAAAUUUAUUCCUCAACACACACACACAAUGAGAAGAAGAAAAAUGAAGUAGAAUUUUACCUUUAAGAGAAACCAUGAAAUUGCUUUGUUUUUAGCCAGAUAAGACUUUUGAAUGACAGAAAACAUCUUCUCAAAGGUG